AUGGCGGAAAUAGCUCCACGCGUGAACUCUGCACGCCUUGGUCAAUACGUUUCGCGCACCGUUAGGCUGACAUGCAAGACUCUGAAGGCAUUGCUGCUUUUCGUGCAGGCAUCUGAUGGUGGGGAAGUACAGGUUCGCCUGCUGCGGGAGGCGAAUAUGACCACAGCAUACAUCGAAGUGAUUGGUUCGGUUAUCGACGCGUCGACAAUCAGGAUGAUGGCAUGCAUAGACCUAGGAAACGAGCUUGACAUGAAGCUCGUCAACGACGUCGUCGAGCUGUGGCACGACCCCCGAUUCGCAAAAAUGGUUGGACUCGAAGCUUGA